UGUCCAUCUUUACUACUCAGAAACCAGACUUUCCAUCCUUCCCCAGUUCCCUUAGCUAUCGAGAGGAGCCAAGGGCCAUCAAUUUCGAAAGAGCUCCCUUUCUCAAUUCUCAUGUUUUGCAGAGAAGAGAAAGGAGGAAGAGAGACAGAACAGAGAUGGAAGACGAUAGCAAAUAUUCAACUGCACCGGCAUACUGUGUCACCGGGGCGACCGGUUAUGUCGGUUCUUGGUUGGUGAAGUCUCUCCUCCAACGCGGUUGCAAGGUCCAUGCUGCGGUCCGCGACCCCGCUAAAUCCUUGCGUCUGCUAUUGACAUGGAAUGGCGGAGAGCGCUUGAAGUUGUUCCGAGCUAGUUUGCAGGAUGACGGGAGCUACGAUGAGGCCGUAAAGGGCUGCGACGGCGUCUUUCACGUCGCCGCCCCAAUGCAAUUCGACGUUCACGAGAGCACCGAUGAAUGCGUCCAUUCGAACAUCAUCGAUCCAGCGGUCCGGGGCACCGUGAACCUCCUGAAAUCAUGCCUGAAAUCAAAAUCAGUGAGGAGGGUGGUGUUCACAUCUUCCGUCAGCACAAUCACUGCCAAGGACAGUGCAGGGAAUUGGAGAGAUGUGGUCGAUGAAUCGUGCCUCACCCCAAUCGAUCAUGUGUGGAAGACUAAAACCAGCGGAUGGGUUUACGUGUUGUUAAAGCUCCUAACGGAGGAAGCAGCUUUCCAAUUUGCAAGAGAGAAAGGGAUUCACAUUGUAUCAGUGGUUUCCACCACGGUUGGAGGCCCAUUCCUCACGUCUCCUGUUCCCUCCAGCAUACGAGUUCUCUUGUCCCCAGUCACAGAUGAAGUCGACAUGUUCCGAAUAUUAUCUACCGUGAACUCUAGAAUGGGAUCGGUUGGUGUAGUCCACAUUGAAGAUGUAUGCAAUGCCCACAUUUUCUUGAUGGAGCGUGCCGAAGCAGAGGGCAGAUACAUAUGCUGUGCUGAAAGCUGCCCCAUGUCCAAGAUGAUCCGAAACCUUGCCAAAAAUUAUCCACAAUCGAACAUAACAAGGUUGGCGGAUCAGGAGAAUGAGUCGGUCCCAGCUGAGAUUUCUUCAAAGAAAUUGAGGGACUUGGGGUUCAGCUACAAGCAUGGAGCAGAGGACAUUAUACGCGAAACCGUGACUGCCUGCAUAGACUUUGGCUUUCUUCCUCCAUUAGCAACUUAAAACUCGGUCUUCUGUCUUUCAAUUUGUGAAUCCAAUGGGCUACAAAACUAAAAACUAAUCGCCUGUGGCUGAAACGAAAAGGAUGGAAGUUCUGGAGCUGGGUGAGAGCUGUCUUACCCUAUAUGUAUUGCAAAUACAGUCGACACCAAUAUACUUUGUAAAUCGACUCUCUCUGCACCAUUCGACCGUGUUCGUUGAAUGUCGAACCAAGUUAAAGUUUUUGCU